AUGAGGGCAAAGAAGCCAAGUAUAGAUGAGCAGUUCCGCCGCUUUGUUGAGAUAAUACAAGAAGUGAACAUCAAUGUGCCCUUGAUGGAUGCGAUGAAGGUUCUGACCUAUGCUCGUUAUAUCAAGGACAUAAUCAACAACAAGCGACCACUGCCAACUACCGAAGUAAUCAAGCUCACUGAGGCAUGUAGUGCAGCCAUACUUCUACAAUUGCCCGAGAAGAAGAAGGAUCCAGGAUUCCCAACUAUCAGAUAUUCGAUAGGGGUACAGAACUUCGACAAAGCCUUAUGUGAUUUGGGAGCUAGUGUUAGUGUGAUGCCGAAGGCAGUCUUCGACCAACUCAACUACACAGAGUUGACACCAACACCCAUGCAGUUGCAAUUGGCUGACUCCUCAGUACGGCACCCAGAAGGAAUCGCUGAGGAUGUCCCAGUGAGAGUACGGGACUGUUUUGUCCCAGUUGAUUUUGUGGUACUUGAUAUGGAUAAUCAGAAGGAGAUUACUCUCAUUCUAGGACGGCCGUUCCUCAAUACAGCAGAUGCACAAAUUGAUGUUGGGGCCGGAGAAAUCCGACUCCACAUCAAUGGUAAAGGGGAGAAAUUUGACUUCUGA